AUGCCCUCGAGAAACCCGUCCACUUGGGACGAAUACGAACGGGGCGCCUCCCCACAGCGCUCCGUGAGUAUCGACUCCAAUGCCGUAGCUGAGGAUCAGUCGCUCCUAGGAGAAGAUGACGAGGGUGACUACGGCGGCAGUUCUCACGGACUUCGUCGCAGAAGAUCUUCAGUAACGCGGCACCUGGCCGCCAUCACAGAUAUUGGCGGCGUCAACAGUAUCCGCUCCUUCACGCGCAGUUGGGCGCGUGCCGCAGGCUUUGCCGAGGUCAUUCCCCAACGGCCGUCCUUUGUUUUCGCGCCUGACCAGGUCCCGAUUGCCUCGUCGUCCACCGAUGGCCUCGACUACUCUCGCAGCCAUGUCGAGUCCGGCUCCCACCCGAGGACCUCACUGCUGAGGCAGCAUCUCGAGGCCACCCCCGAGGCGGCACCAAGCGCAUCCUACCAGAAUGACUCUUCCCCCUCUGGCGCGGACGAAAGCGCCGUGCAGACCGACUUCCGCGAGCGCGAGCGCAAGGCAGUCGAGGCAGAGCUGUCUGGGACCUUCCGCGGUUCCAGCUUUGGAAGCGGUCGCCGACCGUCGCAGUCCAUCUUCGCGGUUCCGCCUCACCUGGCGACCCCGCCGCUGGUCGGGAGUUUCAGCUCGUACAGGACGUAUGGAACAAUAGCAGAUGUCGACGAGCCGUCAAUGGCCCAGGCCGGCGAGCUCUGGCGCCAACAGCAAGAGGCAGGGGGCAAUGUGCCUGACGGAGAGAACAUGCCCAUUCUCGUGAAGGAGGUUGAACAAGACGGGAAGAUUAUCUUGACUGUGGAGGGACAGUCCACGCUACCCCAAACCAUCUUCAACUCGAUCAAUGUCCUGAUCGGCGUUGGUCUGUUGAGUUUGCCCAUGGGUAUCAAGUACGCGGGUUGGAUUUGCGGCAUGGUCGUCUUGGCAGGCUCUGCGGCCGUGACAGCAUACACGGCCAAGCUUCUGGCCAAGUGCAUGGAUCUCGACGCCAGCCUCAUCACGUUCUCCGACCUGGCCUAUAUCUCCUACGGUCGCAAUGCGCGUAUUGCCACCAGCAUUCUCUUCACCCUCGAGUUGCUGGCUGCCUGCGUCGCUCUGAUUGUCCUGUUUGCCGAUUCUUUGACGCUAUUGUUCCCGGGUUUCCUGAGCGUCAACACGUGGAAGCUCCUGUGUUCGAUUAUCAUGAUCCCCCUCAACUUCCUCCCGCUGCGCCUCUUGAGUUUCACCAGCGUCAUUGGCAUCGUGUGUUGUUUUAGCAUCGUCUUGAUUUUGGUGGUCGAUGGACUCAUCAAGCCCUCAACUCCGGGCUCUCUCAUCGAGCCGGCCACGACCUACCUGUUCCCUGCGAACUGGGGCACACUACCCCUGAGUUUUGGCUUGUUGAUGAGCCCGUGGGGUGGCCACAGUGUAUUCCCCAACAUUUAUAGGGACAUGCGUCAUCCUCACAAGUACCCAAGGGCCGUCAAGACGGUCUUCACGUCUGUUUACCUGCUUGACGCCUUCACGGCCGUUGUCGGCCUGUUGAUGUACGGUGAUGGUGUCAUGGAUGAGAUCACGGCCAACGUCCUCCAGACGAGUGGUUACCCCCGUGCCCUCAACUUCUUGCUCUGCAUCUUCAUCGCCAUCAUUCCCCUGACCAAGAUUCCGCUCAACGCUCGCCCCAUUGUUGCCACAUUGGAAGUUUUGACCGGUAUCCACCAGCAAGCUGUUGCCGACAGCUCGGCCAUGGUCGGACGCUCUGCCACCUUCCGCGGUAUCAUGAAGGUUGCCAUCCGUGUCGUCACCGUCCUGGUGUUCCUUGUCAUUUCCAUCCUAUUCCCAGCGUUCGAUAGCAUCAUGGCUUUUAUGGGAAGUGCCUUGUGCUUCACGAUUUGUGUGCUUUUGCCUUUGGCUUUCUACGUAAAACUCUUCGCCAAGGAGAUUUCCCCCCAAGAGAGACUGCUUUGCUACGUCUUGAUGACCAUUUCCACGAUCCUCUCGGUCGUGGGUACAGUCUGGGCCUUCUUGCCCAAGAGCCUCAUUGGUGCAGAGUAG